AUGGGCCCACAGUGGAUAAUAUGCUGGAAGAUGUGUUUUAGUCACAUAAAGGUUACUGUAGUUGAUACAGUCAUACUGGAUAAAAUUGAAAGGAUCUGUGAUAUAAUGGAAAUUGAGAGGUUUAUGGUGAGGUUAAACAAGAAUGGAGGCCCCAGGAAUCCCGAGAAGAUAGAUCGAAUGUGUGCACUUUUCACAGAUCUCAGCAGCAAGGACAUGAAGAGAGAUUUGUACAUAGUUGCCCAUGUAAUUCGAAUAGGUCGCAUGUUGCUAAAUGAUUCAAAAAAAGGGCCCCCUCAUUUACACUAUCGCCGCCCCUAUGGCUGUGCAGUAUUGAGUAUCAUGGAUGUACUUCAGUCAAUUUCCGAAAUAAAAGAAGAGAAAGAUUUUGUUCUCAAAGUUUACACGUGUAACAACGAAAAUGAAUGGUGCCAGAUCCAUGAAAAUAUUAUUCGCAAGUCCAGCACCAAAUACACAGCACCCAGCUCAAACUAUGGACUUAUAAUAUCGCUUCAGCUUCUACGUGGCGACAUGGAGCAGAUUCGAAGGGAAAACCCCAUGAUCUUUAACAGAGGCAUUUCUGUUACCAGGAAGUUGGGUUUUCCUGAUGUUAUAAUGCCAGGUGAUAUACGCAAUGACUUAUACCUGACAUUAGAAAAGGGAGACUUUGAAAGAGGUGGGAAAAGUGUGCAGAAGAACAUUGAAGUGACCAUGUACGUGCUCUAUGCAGAUGGAGAAAUCUUGAAGGACUGCAUCAGCCUGGGCUCAGGAGAGCCAAGCAGGAGCGCAUACCACUCCUUUGUCCUUUACCACAAUAACAGCCCUCGAUGGGGGGAAAUCAUCAAGUUGCCCAUCCCUAUAGACAGGUUCCGUGGGUCUCACCUCCGGUUUGAGUUCAGACAUUGCUCCACAAAAGACAAGGGAGAAAAGAAGCUCUUUGGUUUUGCAUUCACUCCAUUAAUGAGAGAUGAUGGCACUACCUUGUCAGAUGAUAUCCAUGAGCUUUAUGUUUAUAAGUGUGAUGAGAACAGCACAUUUAACAACCACGCACUGUACCUGGGGCUGCCUUGCUGCAAAGAGGACUACAACGGCUGCCCUAACAUCCCUUCCAGCCUCAUUUUCCAGCGCAGCACCAAAGAGACCUUCUCAGUCUCCACACAGCUUUCUUCUACCAAACUGACCCAGAAUGUGGAUUUGCUUGCCCUGCUGAAGUGGAAAGCCUACCCAGAUCGUGUGAUGGAUAUUCUAGGAAGACUGAGACAUGUCAGUGGCGAGGAAAUUGUUAAGUUCCUACAAGAUAUUCUCGACACGUUGUUUGUAGUUUUGGAUGACAACACAGAAAAGUAUGGUCUGUUGGUCUUUCAGUCUUUGGUAUUCAUCAUAAAUCUGCUGCGUGACAGCAAGUAUUUUCAUUUUCGACCUGUGAUGGACACUUACAUUCAGAAGCACUUUGCAGGAGCACUGGCUUACAAAGAACUGAUCCGGUGUUUGAAGUGGUACAUGGACCGCUCAGCUGAGCUUGUGCGCCAAGACCACAUCCAGGAAGCAAUGAGAGCCUUGGAAUAUCUUUUCAAGUUCAUUGUCCAAUCUCGGAUCCUUUACUCCAGAGCUACUUGUGGAAUGGAGGAGGAACAGUUCCGCUCCAGCGUCCAAGAGCUUUUCCAGUCCAUCAGAUUUGUGCUCAGCUUGGACAGCAGGAGCUCUGAGACUCUCAUCUUCACACAGGCUGCUUUGCUGAACUCCUUCCCCGCUAUCUUUGAUGAGCUGUUGCAGAUGUUCACUGUGCAGGAAGUAGCAGAGUUCGUGAGGGGCACUCUGGGCAGCAUGCCCAGUACAGUACACAUCGGGCAGUCGAUGGAUGUUGUUAAGCUACAAUCCAUUGCACGCACUGUUGACAGCCGCCUGUUCUCUUUCUCAGAGUCCCGGCGCAUCCUGCUACCUGUAGUUCUUCACCACAUUCACCUUCACCUACGACAGCAGAAGGAGCUACUUAUUUGCUCUGGGAUCCUCAGUAGUAUCUUCUCCAUAAUCAAGACCAGCUCUUUGGAGGGAGAUGUCGUGGAGGAGGUUGAGAUGAUGGUGGAGAGCCUCCUGGAUGUGCUUUUACAAACUCUGCUUACAAUCAUGAGUAAAUCGCAGUCUCAGGAGGCGGUAAGAGGGCAGCGUUGCCCGCAGUGCACAGCAGAAAUCACUGGAGAAUAUGUCUCCUGCCUUUUAUCUUUGCUUCGUCAGAUGUCAGACACUCAUUUCCAGCACUUACUGGACAACUUCCAAAGCAAGGAUGAACUAAAGGAGUUCCUCCUGAAGAUUUUCUGUGUAUUUCGGAACCUGAUGAAAAUGAGUGUCUUUCCUCGAGACUGGAUGGUGAUGAGGUUGCUCACCAGCAAUAUCAUAGUUACAACAGUUCAGUACCUGUCUUCUGCACUGCAUAAGAAUUUCACGGAAACGGACUUUGAUUUUAAAGUGUGGAACUCUUAUUUCAGCCUGGCAGUUUUGUUUAUAAACCAGCCAAGUCUCCAACUAGAAAAUGCCACACCAGCUAAGAGGAAGAAGAUUCUGGAUAAAUAUGGCGAUAUGAGAGUGAUGAUGGCAUAUGAGCUCUUCAGCAUGUGGCAGAACCUGGGUGAGCAUAAGAUUCACUUUAUUCCGGGAAUGAUUGGCCCGUUUCUUGGUGUCACACUUGUUCCACAACCAGAAGUCCGGAAUAUCAUGAUCCCUAUCUUCCAUGACAUGAUGGACUGGGAGCAGAGAAAGAAUGGCAACUUCAAACAGGUGGAAGCCGAGUUGAUCGAUAAGCUGGACAGCCUGGUAUCUGAAGGAAAAGGUGAUGAGAACUACAGGGAACUCUUCAGCCUGCUAACCCAGCUCUUUGGGCCUUAUCCCAGUUUGCUGGAGAAGAUUGAGCAGGAAACGUGGCGGGAGACUGGAAUCUCUUUUGUCACAUCAGUUACUCGUCUCAUGGAGCGUCUACUUGACUACAG